AUGCUGAACUUGUACCCGCCAGCCAACCACGCCGUGCACAACGGGGCGUUCCUCAACUUCUCGCCAGACAUCGACCAGGCGUGUCAGGCCAUCCACGAGGCCUGUCGGGGCCUGGGCACGGACGAGAAGACGCUCAUCGCCGCCCUCGGCGCCAAGUCGGCGGACCAGCGCUACCUCGUCUCGGUGCGCUACCAGCAGCUCUACGGGAAGGAGCUGCGCAAAGUGCUCAAGUCCGAGACGUCGGGCGACUUCGGUCGCUUGCUGCAGCUCAUCUCCCGCCCGCUCCCCGAGGGGGAGGCGUCGAUUCUACGCAAAGCCACCAAGGGCUUCGGCACCAAGGAGAAGCUGCUCUACCCCGUUAUCAUGGGUAGAACCAACGUAGAACUAGCCAUCUUGAAGAAAACCUACUUUGAAAAGUACGGCCGCGACCUGGGCUCGACGCUCGACGGCGAGCUGAGUGGGGACCUCAAGAAGGUGCUCCUGGCCGCGCUGCAGGCCCCACUGGAGCAGUUCAACCCGGCGCUGCACACGGCGCAGCGGGCGGAGGCCGACGCCGACGCGCUCUACAAGGCGGGCCAGGGCCGCCUGGGCACCGACGAGCGGACGUUCAUUGGCAUCUUGGUCUCUAGCCCGCCGCAGCAUCUGCAGGCGGUGAACGCCUGGUACGUCAAGAAGCACAAGAACGACCUGGUUAAGGCCGUCAAGAAGGAGUUCGGAGGGGACGCGGAGGACGCGCUGCUGUUCCUCGUGCGCAUGGCGCUGGAGCCGCUCGAGCUGCUCUCGGAGCUGUUCGAGAAGACGAUGAAGGGCUUCGGCACCGACGAGGACGCGCUCAGUGCAGCGGUCGUGCGCUACCACCUGGUGCUGCAGGACAUUAGAGCUGCGUACAAGAAGAAAUUCGGCAAGGAGCUGCGCGACCGCAUCCACGGGGAGGUGAGCGGCGACUACAGGAAGCUGCUGCUGGCGGUGUUCGACGCUCCCAACCACUAGGGCGGAUGGAGGAGAAGGUGCGUCGGCGAGGGUCGACGUGGCG